AUGUCGCGAACAGCAACGUCAAUUGAACUUGUGGACUACCAUGAGACAACAAUCCCAGCCCUCGCAGCCAAACCACUUGGUGCUGCAAAGAUCAAAGAAACGCCGUCUAUCGCUGAUGAUCUACGACCUAUCCGUGAAUCCCCUGAAACCUUCGCUGCCGAACAGCGGGAUGGCCCAGGCAAAGGAACAACAGCCAUCGUGUUGGUAACGGUCGUCUGUGUUACACUGGUCAGCUCCAUGCUUUCUGGUGUUAUGACUGUUACUCUACCCACAGUUGCACGUGAACUGGAGCUGGCACCCAGUUGUCUCUUGCAGUCUGCGUUUACACUAGCAUGUGGAUUGGCACAGACAGGGACACAGCUCAUUGUAUUUCGCGCCUUUGCAGGCAUCGCGAUUUCCUUCUGCCUUCCCUCAGCCGUCAGUAUCAUCACGAGUACUUUCCCUGAAGGCAAGAGCAGAAACAUUGCAUUUGCGUCCAUGGGCGGUGGUCAGCCCAUAGGCUUUUCUUUUGGACUUGUACUUGGAGGUAUCUUCGCUGAUACCAUCGGAUGGCGAUGGGGUUUCCACAUCAGUGCCAUCGCCAACACCAUUGUCUUCGUCCUUGGCUUGUUUGGUUUGCCAAAAGUCGACAACAAGCUGCCGCAUGUCUGGUCCCGCCUGAAGAGCGACAUAGACUGGAUUCAGGAGCCUACCACGCUUGGUCUGCUGAUCACUGCAAUCGCUCUCAUUCCUGCUUUCAUUUUCUGGGUCGGCCGCCAGGAGCGACUGGGCCGGCCCGCCAUCAUCCCCAAUUCGCUUUGGCGCAACCGAAUCUUCAGCAUCAUCUGUAUCGGUGUUUUCAUCACGUGGGGGACUUUCAAUGCUGUGGAAUCAUAUCACACUCUCUUCUUUCAGAACGUCCAAAAGCUAUCCGCGAUCCAGACGUCGAUCCGGUUCCUGCCCGGACCUGUAGCUGGAGCUCUCGCCAAUGUCGCAAUGGGCCUGAUCGCGCACCGGGUGCGCGCUGACUGGGCGGUAGCCGUGGGGCUGUUCUGUACCACUCUUGGCGGACUGCUUAUGUGCAUCAUACAGCCGGAGUGGUCUUACUGGAGCUGUGCCUUCCUUUCUGUCUUCUUCAAUCCCAUUGGCGCGGACGCUCUAUUCACGGUUUCUAAUCUGGUCAUUACAUCAGUGUUUCCAGCCCGGACGCAGGGCCUUGCGGGCGGAGUCUUCAACACAGUAGCGCAGAUUGGGAAAAGCGUAGGCCUAGCGACCAGUGCUGUCAUUGCGUCUAGUGUUACCGAGCACUCGGUCUACGUUGAGAAAGAGAGCCCUGCAGCGCUCAUGGAGGGGUUCCGGGCGGCGUUCUGGUAUCUGUUCGCGUUGAGCUGUGCCACGGGGCUGUUGUUGGGAUGGGGGCUGAGGGGAAUUGGGCGGGUGGGGAUGAAGAGGGAGUAAACAUGAUGCAGAGGACAGAGUAGGGAGAUGGUAGCUGAGUUGUAGUAAUUGAAGUUGAAGUUCCCCUGCCAAGUGUUGCACUGCACCGGACGGUGGUGGUG